UUCUUUUCUUCUUUACCUCUCUCACUCUCUCUCAUUUCGGAAUCAGAGGAGCAAAAAUGGGGGAUGCGAGCCACCUGGAGAAGAUGGGCAGAGAACUCAAGUGCCCCAUUUGCCUGAGUCUUCUGAACUCUGCGGUUUCACUAACGUGCAAUCAUGUAUUCUGCAACUUGUGUAUUGUGAAAUCGAUGAAAUUGGGAUCCACUUGUCCAGUUUGUAAAGUGCCAUUUCGGCGUAGAGAGGUUCGCCCCGCUCCUCACAUGGAUAACUUGGUGAGCGUUUACAAAAGCAUGGAAGUUGCUUCAGGAAUCAAUAUAUUUGUCACUCAGAAUGCACCCUCAACUAAAUUUUCAGAUAAAGAAGAGCAAGCUGAAGGUGAAGGCAACCAUGGCGAACAAGAUAGUGGUGGAAACUGUCAGGAUAGAUCAGGGAAACAAAAUACCUUGAAAGGAAAAGGGUCAAGAAAAAAAUCUAAAUCGAACAUGAAAAAUACUAGUUCUACCUUUGUGAAACCUUCAUUCCCAACCAAGAAAAGGGUUCAGGUGCCACAGUGCCCUUUUUCCGAAUCCCCAGCAAGGCGAGCAAUAUUAGAAGGUGAAUUGAGUGAAAUUGAUAGGGAAGAACCCAAAAAAAGUUCAACCAUUGUAAAGGAUAAGCCUGUUCUAUAUGACAAGGGAGAACCAGUGCUUUCACCUUUCUUUUGGUUGAGAGAUGAGGAGGGCGUAGAAAAGUCAAGUCAGCAUACUGAUGAGGGUGAAUUUAUGGAUAUGACACCACUACAUGCUCCUGCCUUCAGUGAUAUCAAGGACUCCGAUGAUGAGUACCCUUCUAAUUCGACCCCAACUGGAUUACAUGGCAAGUGCUCCAGUGUUGCAGAUUUUUUUGAUAGUGAGAUGUUUGAAUGGACACAAAGACCUUGCUCUCCCGAACUUUGUUCAAGUCCCUUUAAGAUGCAGGUUGCAAAUGUGGAAGAAAUCAAUGAAAUUCAAGAGAAGGAAUUAGAAGCAGCAUUACAGGAUGUGACAACAAAUGAAGAACCAAGCACCAGAAAUGAAAAAUGCAUGAAUUCUAAACAAGGAAGUGGUCCUGCAGAUGGGGUCCUGCCCAAUGUGUCCUCUCCCAGAACUGAAGGUUCCAGUGAUCAAAUUGGAAGCAAUAAAUCUAACAAGAGUGGUAAGAUUAGGAAGGCAAGUGAAAGAGCCAAAAAGAAGUGUCCAAAACGGCAUACAGAUUCAGAUUUUGAAAUUUAUAUAGAUUUGAAUAAAGCAUCAGAAAAUUUUAUCCAAGAGCAAACUCUUGACAAUAAUUACAGUUUGGAUAAGAUUAGCAAACGGAGUAAGAAGUCUCAUAUUGGUACAAGUACAACUAAGCCAACACCUAAAAGUAUUCAUGCUGUCUCUGUGGGAACUGAAACUUUGGAUCAUGGUGACGAAAGUGCAGUAAUUGAGACACCUCUUUUAUUAGGUAAGAAAGAAGGGAACAAUGAAGUUCUUACCUUGAAGAAGGCUGGAAAAAGGCAUAAGAAGAUUGAUUGCUCAGUAAGGUCAGAGAAACGAAAACUGGAUUCUCUGAAGAACAAUGUGCUUAAAGUAGUUAAAACACGAAACCAAAAAGAUGACGAUACUAAUAAGAAAGUCUCUGGUUUCGGACAGAAACCAAGCAAACCUGGAAAAGAAACCAAGUCACGUGGUCAAGAACUGAGAAGUAGGAAAAAGUUGAAAGUCUCCUCUUAUGGCAUCUUGAAGGAUGAGUUGGUCAAUGACAUCCAAGAGGGUCAUACUUAUGUUCCUACAAGGGAAACCCAACACAAUGAAAAGGUUCAGGGCAGGUCUUAUGUCAAAAGUCACGAUGAUACAUCAGUUGUGCAGAAGCUUCCUUCUCUAAUGAAUAAAAUAGUCUUACAGAAAUGUGGGACUAUUUCUAACAAGUUUCAAUGUGCUUUCUGUCUUUCUUCAGAAGAAUCGGAGGCAUCAGGAGAAAUGGUCCACUACUAUAAUGGAAGGCCUGUUGCUGCAGAUCAUGAUGGAGAAUCCAAGCUCAUACAUUCGCAUAGGAAUUGCACUGAAUGGGCCCCUAAUGUCUAUUUCCAAGAUGAUAAUGCAAUUAAUCUCGAAGCUGAAUUAACUAGAAGUCGAAGAAUUAAGUGUUGUUGCUGUGGAAAUAAGGGGGCAGCACUUGGGUGCUAUGCGAAGAAUUGUCGCAAGAGUUUUCACGUUCCUUGUGCAAAGUUGACCCCACAAUGUCGAUGGGAUACUGAUAAUUUUGUCAUGUUAUGUCCUCUUCACGCCUCUUCUAAGUUGCCUAGUGAAAGCCCUCAAGAAAUGAGGAAGAAAUAUGCUCUUAAAGGGAAACUAUCUCAAUGUGAUGAUGUUGCUAGUAAAAAUGUCAUCAGUACUGAUAGAAAUUGGAAGUUUUGUGUAUCCUCGAAGAAAUUGGUUCUUUGUUGUUCAGCUCUCACAACUGCAGAGGGGGAAACUGUUUCUGAUUUUGAGAGGUUAUCUGGAGUUACAGUUCUGAAAAAGUGGGAUUCGAGUGUCACCCAUGUUAUUGCGUCAACAAAUGAAAAUGGGGCAUGCAGAAGAACCCUCAAAAUAUUGAUGGGUAUCUUGGAGGGAAAGUGGAUACUGAAUAUGGAGUGGAUUAAGGCUUGCAUGAAGGUCAUGGAACUUGUUGAUGAGGAGCCUUAUGAAAUUGCUGUUGACAUUCAUGGGAUCAGGGAUGGGCCUCGACUUGGAAGGCUAAGAUUGCUGAACAAGUAUUACAUGCAGCAACCAAAGCUUUUUGAUGGGUGUAAGUUCUAUUUCAUGGGAGAAUUUUUACCUGCAUACAAGGGGUACCUACAAGACCUUGUAAUUGCUGCUGGAGGAACAAUUCUGCAUAGAAGACCUGUUUCAGAGGACCAAAACCAAACCUUCAUAAUUUACAGUCUUGAGCUUCCUGAUAAAUGUAAUCCUAGCAAGAAAACUACAAUUUUCAACUGCCGCCGAUCGGAUGCAGAGGCCAUGGCAAGUUCAACUGGAGCCAAAGUAGCAAGCAAUUCAUGGGUUUUGAACUCCAUAGCAGCCUGCCAUUUACAAAACCUUGCCGAAUAAUAUAUCUCUUCCAAUGCCAGGAGCUCUGUACAUGUUUAAGAAACUUCUUCUGAACUAGCUCUAGGGUUUUUUUUUUUUUUUCCUUAAGUAUGGUGUAGACAUGUAUAAACACCAUGCUCAUGUUACAUGGUUGGUUAUACACAUUUUUUUUUUUACUUAGCAGUGUAAAGCAGGAAUAUAUAAGUGAGUGAAUAUGUUAAAUGUG